UCAGACAAGAUUUCCUCAUUCAGCUCUGCGCCUCUGCUCCGAGCGUGUAAAACACAGCAGUCUGGCUGGUGCUCAGAAGUUCGAGGAGCUUUUUGGCCGUGCUACACCAAAACAGGUUCUCUGUGCUGGAUUUGAGGUAUUUUUUCAGGUAUUAUGGGUGCUAGAGGGCUUUGGAUGGUGCUCUGCCUUCUAUUGCUGGCACACUGCUCACUCCAGCAGAACUCCUCGAAGAAAAGAAAUGGCAAGAAAGACUCUGCCAUCAAUGCUACAAUUGAGGCUCUGCAGAAGAGAGUUGAUGACAUUGCUCAGGAGCUGAAUGUGCUGAAAGAGCAGCAAGCUUUACAAACAGUUUGUCUGAAAGGCACAAAGAUCCAUGGCAAGUGUUUCCUGGCCAAUCCAGUGAAGAAAUCGUUCCAUGCUGCCAGUGAUGACUGCAUCGCCAAAGGAGGCACCCUGAGCACUCCUCUAACAGGGGACGAAAAUGACCAGCUCUACAGCUACGUACGCCAGAGCAUCGGCCCCGAUGAGCACAUCUGGCUGGGAAUUAAUGAUAUGAUUACCGAUGGGCAAUGGGUUGACCAAUCAGGCUCCAAUGUGCGUUUCAAAAACUGGGAGACAGAAAUCACCCAUCAGCCAGAUGGGGGGCGCAGCCAGAACUGCGCAAUCCUCUCCACCACAGCCAAUGGGAGGUGGUUCGAUGAGAACUGCAGGGCUGAGAAGGCGUCUGUGUGUGAGUUCAACAUCGUCUGAGAGGCGAUUGCUGUUGCUCAGUUUUUCAAAAAAAUCACUCAGUGCAGAUAAACACUCUGUAAGCAUGAAGUGCAGCCUUAUGCAACACACUGAAAAAUAAUGCGCUGCAUCUUCAAUGAGCCUACAUUUUCUCAACCAAGCCUUCCAGAUGUCAGCCCAGGGCAGAGAUUUCACUCAGUGGUCUUUGUGGAAGCUACACCCACUUGAACACACACUCCAGUAUUUUUUAGAUAUUCAUCAACACUGGGUGGAUUUUCUUCAUUUUUUCUUAUUAUUCACUAAUUAAUGCAUUAAAAAAUUAAUUUUUUAACUGAAGCAUAUCUUUACUGUAGUAACUUUUUAAAAAAUUUCUGAAUCUUAACUCAUGCUGCUUAUGUGUCAUUACAUAACAUGAAUAAACAUGUUUGUUUACCAUUUUAUUCUUCUUGAUGAUGCAAAAAAAAAA